AUGCCUACUAAGCCUAAGUCUACUAAGCCUAAGCCUACUAAGCCUAAGCCUAAGCCUACUAAGCCUAAGCCUACUAAGCCUAAGCCUACUAAGCCUAAGCCUACUAAGCCUAAGCCUGCUAAGCCUAAGCCUAAGCCUACUAAGCCUAAGCCUACUAAGCCUAAGCCUACUAAGCCUAAGCCUACUAAGCCUAAGCCUGCUAAGCCUAAGCCUAAGCCUACUAAGCCUAAGCCUACUAAGUCUAAGCCUCACUAAGCCUAAGCCUACUAAGCCUAAGCCUACUAAGCCUAAGCCUACUAAGCCUAAGCCUACUAAGCCUAAGCCUACUAAGCCUAAGCCUACUAAGCCUAAGCCUACUAAGCCUAAGCCUACUAAGCCUAAGCCUACUAAGCCUAAGCCUACUAAGCCUAAGCCUACUAAGCCUAAGCCUACUAAGCUUAAGCCUACUAAGCCUAAGCCUACUAAGCCUAAGCCUACUAAGUCUAAGCCUACUAAGCCUAAGCCUACUAAGCCUAAGCCUACUAAGCCUAAGCCUACUAAGCCUAAGCCUACUAAGCCUAAGCCUACUAAGCCUAAGCCUACUAAGCCUAAGCCUACUAAGCCUAAGCCUACUAAGCCUAAGCCUACUAAGCCUAAGCCUACUAAGCCUAAGCCUACUAAGCCUAAGCCUACUAAGCCUAAGCCUACUAAGCCUAAGCCUACUAAGCCUAAGCCUACUAAGCCUAAGCCUACUAAGCCUAAGCCUACUAAGCCUAAGCCUACUAAGCCUAAGCCUACUAAGCCUAAGCCUACUAAGCCUAAGCCUACUAAGCCUAAGCCUGCUAAGCCUAAGCCUAAGCCUACUAAGCCUAAGCCUACUAAGCCUAAGCCUACUAAGCCUAAGCCUAAGCCUACUAAGCCUAAGCCUACUAAGCCUAAGCCUACUAAGCCUAAGCCUACUAAGGCGACUAAGCCUAAGCCUGCUAAGCCUAAGCCUACUAAGCUUAUGCCUACUAAGCCUAAGUCUACUAAGCCUAAGCCUACUAAGCCUAAGCCUAAGCCUACUAAGCCUAAGCCUACUAAGCCUAAGCCUACUAAGCCUAAGCCUACUAAGCCUAAGCCUGCUAAGCCUAAGCCUAAGCCUACUAAGCCUAAGCCUACUAAGCCUAAGCCUACUAAGCCUAAGCCUACUAAGCUUAAGCCUACUAAGCCUAAGCCUACUAAGCCUAAGCCUACUAAGUCUAAGCCUCACUAAGCCUAAGCCUACUAAGCCUAAGCCUACUAAGCCUAAGCCUACUAAGCCUAAGCCUACUAAGCCCUAAGCCUACUAAGCCUAAGCCUACUAAGCCUAAGCCUACUAAGCCUAAGCCUACUAAGCCUAAGCCUACUAAGCCUAAGCCUACUAAGCCUAAGCCUACUAAGCCCUAAGCCUACUAAGCCUAAGCCUACUAAGCCUAAGCCUACUAAGCCUAAGCCUACUAAGCCUAAGCCUACUAAGCCUAAGCCUACUAAGCCUAAGCCUACUAAGCCUAAGCCUACUAAGCCUAAGCCUACUAAGCCUAAGCCUACUAAGCCUAAGCCUACUAAGCCUAAGCCCUACUAAGCCUAAGCUCACUAAGCCUAAGCCUACUAAGCCUAAGCCCUACUAAGCCUAAGCCUACUAAGCCUAAGCCUACUAAGCCUAAGCCUACUAAGCCUAAGCCUACUAAGCCUAAGCCUACUAAGCCUAAGCCUACUAAGCCUAAGCCUACUAAGCCUAAGCCUACUAAGCCUAAGCCUACUAAGCCUAAGCCUACUAAGGCGACUAAGCCUAAGCCUACUAAGCCUAAGCCUACUAAGCCUAAGCCUACUAAGCCUAAGCCUACUAAGCCUAAGCCUACUAAGCCUAAGCCUACUAAGCCUAAGCCUACUAAGCCUAAGCCUACUAAGCCUAAGCCUACUAAGCCUAAGCCUACUAAGCCUAAGCCUACUAAGCCUAAGCCUACUAAGCCUAAGCCUACUAAGGCGACUAAGCCUAAGCCUGCUAAGCCUAAGCCUACUAAGCCUAAGCCUACUAAGCCUAAGCCUACUAAGCCUAAGCCUACUAAGCCUAAGCCUACUAAGCCUAAGCCUACUAAGCCUAAGCCUACUAAGCCUAAGCCUACUAAGCCUAAGCCUACUAAGGCGACUAAGCCUAAGCCUGCUAAGCCUAAGCCUACUAAGCUUAUGCCUACUAAGCCUAAGUCUACUAAGCCUAAGCCUACUAAGCCUAAGCCUAAGCCUACUAAGCCUAAGCCUACUAAGCCUAAGCCUACUAAGCCUAAGCCUACUAAGCCUAAGCCUACUAAGCCUAAGCCUACUAAGCCUAAGCCUGCUAAGCCUAAGCCUAAGCCUAAGCCUACUAAGCCUAAGCCUACUAAGCCUAAGCCUACUGAUCUUAAACCCACAAAGCCUAAGCCUACUAAGCCUAAGCCUACUAAGUCUAAGCCUACUAAGCCUAAGCCUACUGAUCUUAAACCCACAAAGCCUAAGCCUACUAAGCCUAAGCCUACUAAGCCUAAGCCUACUAAGCCUAAGCCUACUAAGCCUAAGCCUACUAAGCCUAAGCCUACUAAGCCUAAGCCUACUAAGCCUAAGCCUACUAAGCCUAAGCCUACUAAGCCUAAGCCUACUAAGCCUAAGCCUACUAAGCCUAAGCCUACUAAGCCUAAGCCUACUAAGCCUAAGCCUACUAAGCCUAAGCCUACUAAGCCUAAGCCUGCUAAGCCUAAGCCUAAGCCUACUAAGCCUAAGCCUACUAAGCCUAAGCCUACUAAGCCUAAGCCUACUAAGCCUAAGCCUACUAAGCCUAAGCCUACUAAGCCUAAGCCUGCUAAGCCUAAGCCUAAGCCUACUAAGCCUAAGCCUACUAAGCCUAAGCCUACUAAGCCUAAGCCUACUAAGCCUAAGCCUACUAAGCCUAAGCCUACUAAGCCUAAGCCUACUAAGCCUAAGCCUACUGAUCUUAAACCCACAAAGCCUAAGCCUACUAAGCCUAAGCCUACUAAGCCUAAGCCUACUAAGCCUAAGCCUACUAAGCCUAAGCCUACUAAGCCUAAGCCUACUAAGCCUAAGCCUACUAAGCCUAAGCCUACUAAGGCGACUAAGCCUAAGCCUGCUAAGCCUAAGCCUACUAAGCUUAUGCCUACUAAGCCUAAGUCUACUAAGCCUAAGCCUACUAAGCCUAAGCCUAAGCCUACUAAGCCUAAGCCUACUAAGCCUAAGCCUACUAAGCCUAAGCCUACUAAGCCUAAGCCUACUAAGCCUAAGCCUACUAAGCCUAAGCCUACUAAGCCUAAGCCUACUAAGCCUAAGCCUACUAAGCCUAAGCCUACUAAGCCUAAGCCUACUAAGCCUAAGCCUACUAAGCCUAAGCCUACUAAGCCUAAGCCUACUAAGCCUAAGCCUACUAAGCCUAAGCCUACUAAGCCUAAGCCUACUAAGCCUAAGCCUACUAAGCCUAAGCCUACUAAGCCUAAGCCUACUAAGCCUAAGCCUACUAAGCCUAAGCCUACUAAGCCUAAGCCUACUAAGCCUAAGCCUACUAAGCCUAAGCCUACUAAGCCUAAGCCUACUAAGCCUAAGCCUACUAAGCCUAAGCCUACUAAGCCUAAGCCUACUAAGCCUAAGCCUACUAAGCCUAAGCCUACUAAGCCUAAGCCUACUAAGCCUAAGCCUACUAAGGCGACUAAGCCUAAGCCUGCUAAGCCUAAGCCUACUAAGCCUAAGCCUACUAAGCCUAAGCCUACUAAGCCUAAGCCUACUAAGCCUAAGCCUACUAAGCCUAAGCCUACUAAGCCUAAGCCUUCUAAGCUUAAGCUUUCUAAGCCUAAGCUUUUUAAGCCUAAGCCUUCUAAGCCUAAGCCUUCUAAGCCUAAGCCUUCUAAGCCUAAGCCUUCUAAGCCUAAGCCUUCUAAGCCUAAGCCUUCUAAGCCUAAGCCUUCUAAGCCUAAGCCUACUAAGCCUAAGCCUACUAAGCCUAAGCCUACUAAGCCUAAGCCUACUAAGCCUAAGCCUACUAAGCCUAAGCCUACUAAGCCUAAGCCUACUAAGCCUAAGCCUACUAAGGCGACUAAGCCUAAGCCUGCUAAGCCUAAGCCUACUAAGCCUAAGCCUACUAAGCCUAAGCCUACUAAGCCUAAGCCUACUAAGCCUAAGCCUACUAAGCCUAAGCCUACUAAGCCUAAGCCUACUAAGCCUAAGCCUACUAAGCCUAAGCCUACUAAGCCUAAGCCUACUAAGCCUAAGCCUACUAAGCCUAAGCCUACUAAGCCUACUAAGCCUAAGCCUACUAAGCCUAAGCCUACUAAGGCGACUAAGCCUAAGCCUGCUAAGCCUAAGCCUACUAAGCUUAUGCCUAUUAAGCAUAAGUCUGCUAAACCUAAGUCUUUUAAGCCUAAAGCUAAGCCCACUAAGCUUAAGCGUUCCAAUCCAAAAUCAAAGCCUCAGCCUUCUAAGCCUAAGCUUUCUAAUUUAAAGUUUCUUUAA